AUAUAUUUUUAGGCAUACUGAAAAACAUAAGCAUAAAUUGUGUAGUUUUCUAAAUUUAGACAUUUUCAGUGAACGCAAUAGUUUAUGGGAUAUAACAAAAAAAAAAAAAACAACAACAUUUUCAUACAACGCAUAAUUAAUCCAUCAACGUAGUGAAGCCCAACGCUAAGCAUAAUUAUGGCUUCUGUGCGGCUCGUCAAUAGACUUUUUUGUCGAGGGAUUAUUGUGGUCACUGUAUUCCUCAUAUUCUUCAACGAAGUACUUAUAUACUAUAUAGCACAAUCUAGCUGGAAAUCAAUCGAUUGUAAACUGGAAAACUGCACCCGCCUACUGCUCAUUGCCGAUCCACAAAUCCUGGGCAAUGCCUACGAUCAGUCAGCACACAGUGCACUUGCACGGUACGACCUGGAUCGGUAUCUGAAGAAGUCCUUUGAACGUGCCGUAUCCUUCACACAACCACAUAUUUUAGUUUUUUUGGGAGACUUGCUAGAUGAGGGUAACAUAGCUACCGCUCAGGAAUACAAGCAAUAUGUGCAGCGCUUCAAGCGCAUCUAUACAAAUAAGAGGCUAACAAAUUUUCGCAUGAUAUCUGCCUACUUUCAGCGUGUCCAUGUGCCGGGCGAUAACGACAUUGGCGGCGAUGAUGGCGAUUACAUAUCCAAUUCAAAUCAGCGACGCUUUGAAAAUGAAUUCAUGAGCGAAGAUAUCUUUGACUAUGACAAUCACUUACGUUUCUUCAAAAUCAAUCGCAUGCUAUUGGACUACACGAAUCCCGACAAGGAACACAACGCUGAACGCCUACGCAUCGGAGUCUCCCAUGCCCCACUGCUAAUUGGCGGUGGGCCACUGUUGCGCGCCGUUAUUAACGAUUUGGAUCCACAUAUACUGUUCACAGGUCAUUGGCAUGAGUCGCGGAUAUUCGUCUAUCCGUCGAUAAAGGCGAUUAAAUUCUAUGAGAACGAUGUGCGGCAUUUCGAUCUGAAAGCCCUGAAAGAGAAGGAGCACAGCUACCUGGAGAUAAUGGUGCCAACAUGUUCAUAUCGCAUGGGUAAAUUUAAGAUUGGCAUAGGGUAUGCCGUACUAGAAAACUACAAUUUAAGCUAUACUGUGCUAUGGCAGCCCAAUCGGUUUAUAUUGCUCUUCAGCUAUCUGUUUUGGGGUCUCUUUGUGCUGUGCAGUGCCAUCGUCUAUAAAAUGAUGACACGAUGUCCCUUCCGCGUGGCCAAGCGGCAAUCGCAAUAUAGUCGCGUAUCAACCAAUCACAAUUUCUAGACUUAAAUUUCCAACACAUUAUCAAUCAAUACUUUUUUAAUUUCUGUAGAAUGUUAUAGUACAAGUUUGCCAAAUAGGAACU